AUGGAUGGAGAUGGAUCCCUCACGUCAGCUUGUACGUCUAAGGGUUUCUGCUCCAUCAGUCUGCCUCAAAGUGGCUGGAGCGCAGCCUCGCGCAGGAACAAUGAGAUGAUUAUUACCAUAGAGCGAUCCCAGCUGCAGAAUAUGGAUUUUGAUGAACGGAUGUCUGGUUCCAGUAUGUAUCUACCGAGCUGCACUUAUUACGUCUCCGGAGCGGACUUCUCUGGUCUCCCUCACUAUUUAACUCAGAACCAGUCAUCCUGCCCAGUCAGCUACCCUUACCAGUCCUCAGCGCUGACACAGGUUCCAUCAGUGAGAGAGGUGGCUUUCAGAGACUAUGGGAUCGAUGCUACCAGUAAAUGGCACCACAGCAGGGGGAGUCUCCCACAUUGCUACGCCGAGGAUGUGGCGCACAGGGACAGCUGGGCGAGCCCGACCUCCAGGGGGGCAGAGAUCCUGGUGAAAGCCGGCCACUCCGGCUCACCCAGCCAGACCCCUGGCUUCUGCGGCAGCGUCGGGAGGAAUGGCGUCCUGCCUCAAGCUUUCGAUCAGUUCUUCGACACGGCGUACGGGAGCGCGGACGGCGGCGCUGGCGCGGCGGCGGACCCAGAGAGAGGUGGCAAAACGAGCCCGACUCACAAUCACCCGGCUUCGGACACGGGGGAGAGCUGCAGCCCGGAGUCACCAUCCAGCCACAGCGAGGAGAAGCAGAGCAGGAGCUGCACCAGUGGCCAGAGGACGCGCAAAAAGAGGUGUCCGUACACCAAGUAUCAGAUCAGGGAGCUGGAGAGGGAGUUCUUCUUCAGCGUCUACAUCAACAAGGAGAAGCGCCUGCAGCUCUCCCGGAUGCUUAACCUGACGGACCGUCAGGUGAAAAUCUGGUUUCAAAACAGGAGAAUGAAGGAGAAGAAACUGAACAGAGACCGUUUACAAUACUACAGCACAAACCCUCUGCUCUGAAAACGGAGAAACGAACAAAGACUGCUGAUG